CAUUCAUUCGCACAGCGUAAUCCCUAAUUCCCAAUCAGCCGCGCUAAACCUCAACGCCUCCGCCGCCGUCGUCCAAAUCGGAGAGAAUGAAGUACAACCCCCGCGUUUCCAGCUCUCGCCGGAAGUCCCGGAAGGCGCACUUCACCGCGCCGUCCAGCGUGCGCAGGGUGCUGAUGAGCGCGCCCCUCUCGUCGGACCUCCGGAACAAGUACAACGUCCGUUCAAUCCCCGUCCGGAAGGACGACGAGGUUAUGGUGGUGCGCGGGACGUACAAGGGCCGCGACGGGAAGGUCGUCCAGGUGUACCGUAAGAAAUGGGUCAUCCAUAUCGAGCGGAUCACCCGGGAGAAGGUCAAUGGCUCGACCGUCAACGUGGGUAUCCACCCGUCCAAGGUCGUGGUCACCAAGCUGAAGCUGGACAAGGAUCGCAAGGCUUUGCUCGACCGGAAGGCCAAAGGCAGAGCCGCCGGUAAGGACAAAGGCAAAUUCACCGUUGAGGAUGUUGCCGCCGCCGCCGGAACUUCAUCUAUUGAUUAGAUUUGAUAAUACUAUGUGUUUUCUUUGCUGUUUCGAUGAUCUGAACUACAAAGUAUUCCGUAUGUUCCUUGAGUAUCUGGUUAAUUUUUUUUCUUUCUUUCUUUUUAAUUUUUACAUUUUUUAUCGAAGUGAACCUGUUUCUAGUGUCUUUUUUCUCAAUGUAGUAGCAUCAAAUUUGAAAUUUGAUGCCAUUAUCUGUGUUUACAAUAAUGUGUUUGAUGUUAUUAC